AUGGUUAUUUGGUGCUUCUGUUUUGAGAAAACUACAAGAUUCAUUGAUGUUCGCAUGUGGUCGGGCAGCGUUGGCCCUGGGUGGUUGAGCAUCUUUGGUCUCUUCUGCUCUGUGGACAUCAUUUGGGUGGCAUCUUCAGAAUUGUCAGAGUAUAUCUUCAAUGAUGCUGGGUUUGACAAACCAUUCUUCAGUACCUACCUGAAGACUAGCAUGUUCAGCCUCUACUUGCUAGGCUUUGUGUUCUGGGGUCCAUGGAGACACCAGUGCAUUCACAGCAAUCAGGAUGAAAGCAUGUACCAGGUAGUAGAUAUUGCUGACAGCGAGGAGUUGGCAUCACCUGAGGAGAGAAGAUUGGGGAGAGAGAGGGCCUUCUCCACAGCAGCUCCCAUCUUCACUGUUGACCAGCUGGCAUCCAGUGUAGCAAGGGAUGACGACCUAAACGCACAGCUGACGCACUUGGUUCUUUGGCGCUAUUUGCCCGUUGAUCCACCAAAAAGUGAACCCAAAUAUGUCCCUCUCAAGCUGCAAGAUCAGCAAGAGAAGAGCUCCGAUGGAGAGUCGGAUGAUUCUUCAGUAAAGUCCGUCCGCUUCAGCAAACUCACAGAAGUGCGGCAAAUGUCGGAGGCUGAGGCAGUUGAAGCUAUGAUGUCUCGGCUUUCCUUCUCUGCCUCGCUUCGCGCUGAACAGCUCGCUUUGCAAGCAGCUAAUAAGUUAUCCAUUAAAGAAGUAAUGAAAAUAUCGUGUAUAUUCUGUUUGCUGUGGUUUCUUGGGAACUAUGGCUACCAGAUAGCGCUGAGUGACACAGAGGCUGGUGUGGUCAACGUCAUCUCUUCUACCUCUGGCCUCUUCACCCUCAUCCUGGCUGCCAUCUUCCCUUCAUCAUCAGUAGACAGAUUCACACUCUCCAAGCUAUUUUCAGUCUUAUUAAUGGUUGCUGGAGUGGUCUUGGUCAGUUUGGAGGACAUCAGCCUUGAGGGAGCCACUGUGCCUGUGGGUGUGGUGUGGUCCUUGGUCGGAGCUGUGCUGUAUGCCUGCUACAUGGUCUUCCUGAGGCGCAAGGUUCCUACUGAAGACCGGAUGGAUUUUACAAUGUUUUUUGGAUUUGUCGGCUUGUUCAAUACCAUAAUUCUGUGGCCGGGAUUUCCUCUGUUAGAUGUCUUAGGAUGGGAAACAUUCCAGUUACCAAACAAGGAGCAGCUUCUCUACAUGUCUGUCAAUGGAUUGAUUGGGACUGUGCUCUCAGAACUGUUGUGGCUGUGGGGAUGUUUCCUUACCUCUUCCCUGAUGGCAACGCUCUCACUGAGUCUCACCAUUCCUCUCACCAUGGUUGUUGACAUCUUUGUAAAAGAUGUUGAGUAUUCACUCAUCUUUUACAUCGGUGCAAUCCCAAUGAUGUUGUCGUUCAUCAUAGUCACACUGCUUACGCACUAUGAAAACUGGGAUCCACUCAUGGAUUGCAUAACAAAAAUAAACAGAAGAUGUUCUAGAAAUAAUCAUAUGUAUAGUUUGGUGGACACAGAAGGCUUGGAAAGAGAAAGCUUGAUAGUGAAUGAAACUGGUGUGGAUGAAGCAGAAGAGGAGGAUGAGGAAGAAGUGGACACCACAGGUAUUAACAAUGCCAUCGUUAUCACCGACAACGCCUCAGCUUCCAACUCUAUGCCAACAAUGAUUAACAACAUUAUAUAAUAGUAUGGAUCAAAGAACCAAUGGUCUGUAAGAUUCAUUUCUAUUCUUCUCUCUCUCAAGAGAGAACCGGAACACAGUCUUUUAUGAUUUCUCUUGCACUUUGUUGAAAUGGGAAUGGUAAUGCUUACAUUUACAGAAUAUAUGGUACAAGUUUUUUACUUAAGGGAAUACCAUUUCGAUCUCUGGUAGUAUAAGAUGAUCUUUCUUUACUUUGACUGCUUUCAUAGCUGUUGAUAGAAAGAGGUGGGAGGAGGGAAAGAUCAAAAGAAAAAGAAGAGAAAAAAUUGCUUUGGUAGGAACAUGUUAUGAAAGAAGUUCCUAAUAUGAUUGUGGUAAUUCUGGA